AUGCCUCCCACGGUGCAUCUCGUCCGCCACGCCGAGGGCUUCCACAACCUGUCUGUGGAAAAUGAAUCCAUGCGAGACCCGGACCUGACUCCCCUCGGCGAACAGCAGUGCGCCGACCUGCGCUCUGCGUUCCCGUCGCACGCGAGGCUCACUGCGCUCGUGGCCUCGCCGCUCCGGAGAACCAUCAAGACGUGCGACUUGGCCUUUGGGGGCCACGACAAGCUGUACCCCAUUGUCCUGCUCGAUACGCUGCAGGAGGUCUCUGAUGCGCCGUGCGACACGGGGUCCAGCAAGGACGCGCUGCGAGCAGAGUUUGGCGACAAGAUUGAUUUGCAGCGCGUGAGGGGCUCGUGGACGCAAAAGGGCGACGGGAGUCCGUUUGAGCCGACCAUGGAGGCGCUCAUGGCGAGGGCCAAGAGCGCGAGGAGGGCGCUGAGGGAGAUUGCUGGCGAUGCCGACGGCGAGGUUGCCGUCGUCAGCCAUGGCGGGUUUCUGCACUUUCUGACGGAUGAUUGGGAUGGCGUGCCUAUCGACAGCGCCACCGCGUGGUCGAAUUGCAUGUGUCGUUCGUACCAGUUCGCCGGGUCACCGGAUGACGACGGCGACGUCAGACUCGUCGAGACAAAGGAGAGCUGGAAACGGAGGCAGCCUGCGUCGAGACAGCCGCUUACGGCGACGGAGCAGAGGGAAAUUCGGGCCGUUGUUCAGAAGCGCUUGGUGCCGCAUCUGAACAUCAAGGCGUGA